AUGACAAAAACACGCGAGAUACUCGCAAAGCAGAGGAUAAAUUUACUGCGUUCAGGGAAAUAUGGUCUGUCUUCGAAGGUAACUGUUCCAGGUAUUACAGCCCCCUCGGAAUACCUCACUAUAGAUGAAACUCUGCUCAGUUUUCGUGGCCGCUGCAGUUUCCGAAUGUAUAUACCGUCAAAACCGGAUAAAUACGGCCUGAAAAUAGUAUCUCUAUGUGAUGACCGAACAUUUUACUAUAUAAGUGGAAUACCCUACGUUGGAAAGGAAAAACCUAAGAACAAAAAGGAUUUACCGCUUCCUACACAGUACGUUCUCAACCUAACCGAUAAAGUAAAAGGGAGUAACAGAAAUAUAACGUGCGACAACUGGUUUUCAUCUCUUGGCCUAGUUGAUGCUCUUCUUGAAAUAAAACUUACUUUUGUCGGAACCUUACGGAAAAAUAAGGCUGAAAUCCCUCCUUCAGUCCUUUCAAAAGCACCGGUUGGUUCGUCACAGUUUUUAUACCAUGAUAACAAAAUGUUCUUGUCGUACACUCCAAAGAAAAACAAAAAGGUGUUAUUGAUUUCCUCAAUGCAUUUUGCUGGAGAUAUAAAGGAAAAUUCCAUGAAACCUGAGAUAAUAGACUUUUACAAUAUUACCAAAGGCGGUGUUGAUGUAUUGGAAAAAUUAUGCCAUGAUAAAACCACUUGCAGGAAAACGUUGAAAUGGCCAAUAAGAUAUUUUUAUGGAGUCCUGGACAUCGCAGCUGUCAACAGUUUUAUUUUGUACAAAUGCAAUGCAAAGAAAGAGAUUUAUCCUGACAAUGCGCGCACUACCUUUCUAAAAAACUUAGCUUUUGCCUUGACGCGACCAUUGAUGCAAAUGAGAUUCCAAAACCCUCGCCUUCCCAGAGAAUUACUGUCAGUAAUUGGCAAAGUUUUGGGAAAAGAAAUCGAUGUGAGCUCAACCAGCAGUCAGUCAGGACAGCCAGCAGGACAGAAGAAAAUCAAAAGAUGUGAUUUUUGUGAUCCCAAGGAAGACAGAAAGGGGUAUUCAUUUUGUGGUAGGUGCAAUAAGUCUUUGUGUGGAGAACAUAAAAGAGUGAUUUGUCCGACUUGUGAUAAUGCUACUGACAAUGGAGGCCAGAUCUGA